CCGAAAAGCAUGGCGCUGGAAUCAAGUAUUGCGUUUUUGUUAGCAGACAGCUAUGAUGUUGAAGAUAUCUUAUUUUUCAAGAAAAAUGCAACUCGUAAACGUCGGAAAGUAAGAAUGAUUCUGAAAACUGAACCAAGUGAUGAUCUGCAAAGAGAGGAUGACAAAAGAGAUGUUUUCAAUACCGUGCUGCAAAGCUUGACAAUAAGUGAUUUUAAGAGUCACUUCCAGCUGACACCAUCUCAAACUGAGGAGUUGGUACGGCUGCUGACACCUUGUAAAUGGACUGCCAUUAGGCAAGAGGGAUGGACAGUGUGGCAUGCAGUGCUUGCUAGCCUGUGGGCUCUUUCUACCCAAGAGUCUUACCACAGUGUGGCAAAUCGUUUCCACAUCACAGAGUCACUCAUUUGUGAUCAGCUGGAUGAAUUCUGCACCCUUGUUACCAGUAACUUGGCUAAUGAAAUUCACUGGCCGCACGGGGAGGAAGCAGAAAUGUCUGUGGUGGGGUUCUUUUCUACUGUGGGGUUACCAGAUACUCUUUGUGUAGUAGGAACGGGUUUCAUUCCUAUUGAGAAACCUACAGAUGUGUCAGAUCCAGAGGUAUAUAGAGACGCAGAGGGGUCGUACUCUGUAAAACUCAUGGCUUUUUGCAACCACAUGGGUCGCUUUACCUAUGUGUCUGCAGAGCACCCUAGAAAUUGGCAUAACUCAAGAGUCCUGUCAGCCACGGAGGUUGGCAAGGCAUUGCGGGAAAACCCUGUGGCUCUGCUACAUGGCAAACACAUUAUUGGCAAUUCCACCUUCCCACUUUCAGAGCACUUUCUGACUCCAUUCCCUGAUUAUGCAACACUAGGACAGAAAAAAGUAUGUUAUAACCAGAAGGUGCAGUCAUCUCUUGCAGUGGCACAAGGCUCCAUCCAUACUCUGAGAUCUUGUUUUCAGAGGCUCAGAUGUCUGCAGAAGCAUUCCGUUUGCCAAGCCAGUUUAGCUGUGAAGACCUGCUGUAUUUUAUACAACAUGUUCCUAGAAACGUAUAAUGUUCUAGUGGACUGCAUUGGGGAUGAUGUAACCCAAAAACCUUUCCAUGAACUACGCUACGGACACUCUGGAAGUCUUGGUGGAAUAUCUAAAAGACAAGACAUUGCAGCCUCACUUGGGCGAACCACUAAAAAAAGAAAAUGUAUGUACAAUUAGUGUUGAAAAGUAAUGUUGCAUAUGAUAAUGAAUACAACAUGUUGACAAAAUGCUCUAAUUUAUAAGGUGACUUGUUUUGUUAAUCACUGUAGUAUGUAUAUUUUAUGUGCAAUUAUGUUGUUAUAUGUUGGAGUCAUCAUAAUGCAAUGCAUAUGUUGAAUUACAAAAUCAAGAAGGACAAGUGUUCGUAUAAUAAAACAAUAUCCUCCA